AUGUUUCGUGGUGGUCGUGGUGGACGCGGUGGAUUUAGCGGUCGCGGCGGGCGUGGCGGCAUGGCCAAUGCCGGCCCGCCUGCGAACGUGAUUCCGUUUGGUACUUUUAAGCACGCCGUCGAGGGCGAGAUGUUCUGUGCGGGCACCGACCCGAAGCACGUUCCCUACUUUAACGCUCCGAUUUUCCUUGAAAACAAGUCGCAGAUCGGAAAGGUCGACGAGAUCUUGGGGCCCAUCAACGAGGUGUUCUUCACGAUCAAGACCGAGCCGGGCAUCGUCGCCUCGUCGUUCAAGGCGGAGGACACCGUAUACAUCUCGGACGACCGUCUCUUGCCGAUUGAGCGCUUCCUCCCGAAGCCCAAGAGCGUUUCCAAGGGACCCAAGAAGCGCGGAGGCGCUGGCGGCGGCCGCGGCGGUGCGCGCGGCGGCUUUGGCGGCCGUGGUGGUGGAUUCGGCGGCCGUGGUGCGCCGCGCGGCCGCGGCGGCGGUGGCUUCGGUGGCCGCGGCGGCGGUAGCUUUGGCGGCCGCGGCGGCGGAUUCGGUGGCCGCGGCGGCGGCGGCCGCGGCGGCGGCUUCGGCGGUCGUGGCGGCGGCGGCGGCGGUUUCCGUGGCGGCAGCGGCGGUUUCCGUGGGCGGCAAUAA